GUUUGACUCCUUCAAAACCGUGUUCGUCAACGAACAUACAGUUCCGAAAAAUCGCCUCCUUGCAGAUGUGUCCUUGGUGGCGUAUUGUUUCUGCUUUUCUUUUGAUAAAUUCAGUUCAGUAUUGCUCUUCCGUUGUACUUGUCGGAAAUGAUUCCAACUUUGAUUCACUGAUAACUGGAUAUGAGUUGACUCUAUUGAAAUUCUCAGCAGAAUGGUGUCAUUUCAGUCAAAUGUUAGCACCAAUCUUUGAACAAGCCUCAGAGAAAGUUACAGAGUUGACUAAGAAUGGUAAAGCUGCUUUCAUUACAAUAGACUGUGAAUCAAGUCAGGAUUUAUGCAGUAAACACAAUAUCCGUAAAUAUCCUACAGUCAAAGUGACAAAAUAUGGUAAAAUGCUGAAACGUGAAUAUCGUGAUCAACGAACUGUUGAAGCAUUUGUUAAAUUUGUUGAAGACAAUUUACAAAUACCAGUCGAUAUUAUUAAUGGUAAUCAAGCAAGUCCUGAUCGUAUUACCGAUCUAUGGGUUAAUAAAAGUAAUGAUAAAAAUACUGUAUUGGCACUGGUCAACAGUUUGGAAGCGAAAAACUCUCAUGUGGCUGUUUUCAAGAAAGUUGCCUCUAUUGAACGAGAUUCAUGUGCCUUCGUUUUAAUUCAUAACCUUACAAUGAAUGAUGAACGACUUUCAUUAUAUGAUCGUUUAGCAGAUAAAAUCACAUCUAGAACAAUUUUAAAAAAUGCUGAUUUAUCAGCAGUCCAUAAUUGGGUAACUAAAGCCUGUACAAGUUUAGUCCGAGAAUUAACAUUUGCCAAUGCUGAGGAAAUUACUGAAGAACGUUUACCCUUAAUGUUAUUGUUUUAUCAUCCAAAAAAUAAAACAAUAGCUGAUCGUUUCACUGAAUUCGUGAAAACUCAUUUAUCACACCUACAAGAUACAAUCAAUAUUGUUACAGCUGAUGGAGUGACAUUUUCGCAUCCACUAGCCCACUUGGGUAAAUCAGAGUCAGAUUUACCCUUCAUUUGUUUGGAUUCUUUUGCACAUAUGUAUGUAUUUCCUGGGAGUAUAGACAAAGCAUUAAGUGAUCCAAAACAUUUAAAUCAAUUUGUUGAAGACUUGAAAUCUGGUAAACUUCACUUAGAAUACCAUUAUGGAUCAGAUGCUUUCACAUCGACUCCUGGUUCUGCUGCUGCCGCUGAAACUGAAACACCAGUGAAAGUGACCACACCGCAUACUUCAGUAUUUCAACGUUUAGCACCAUCGCGAAUGAGAUAUUCAAUAAUUCAUGAUGAGUUUUAAAUAAAAAUGCCCGAAAAGGCAGCACCUUAUUAUUUUUUUGUCAAUUUUUGUUUUCUCUUCCUCUCCUGGUGUUUAUAAUUUUAUGUAAUUAAAACACCAAUCGGUUCAUUUUGUGUAGAAUGAAAUGGUUUUACCUGAUUAUUUGUUUGUUUGUUUAUGCGUUUGUGCGUUUUCAUACUAACCUACUGUGUACACAGAAUGUAUUCUUCAGGACUAAUUCUAUUCUGUGCUGCACACAAAAUAGAAUCUCCCUCUCGCUCCCUAUGUGAGGAGACCCCGUCGAGGGGGGGCGGUACUUUCCUCUCUCUCUCUCGCUUUCUCUCUCUGGGGUUAGAAAGAGAAUUAACCUGUAUUUUGGUGAAUAGAGUUAACCAAGCAAAAUCUUGUUCUCUUCUCAUCUCAAGCAAAUGAAGAUAAAAAAGUGAAAUACACGUGUAAAGUUCCUUUUAUGUGCACGUCUUCUUCUUAUUAUUAUUAUUCCUCUUUACUAUUUUUUACACUUUCCCCCUCCUUUUCUUUCUCUUGUGUAGCUUUUUUUUCCUUGGAAAAGCCACAUAGGACUGUUAUUACAAUAGAUAACGCUGGCAAUUUUGUUCAACUUGUUUUUACUUACAUUCUCCGCUAUUCAAGAGGUGUGCGCGCGUACGUGCUUGAGUGUAUGUGUGCAUGUGUGUUUGUCUGUCUGUAUAGUUGUUUCCACCUCCUUUUUUUACAUCAUUGUCUUUCAAAAAGGUGUUAAACUCUCUAUUGGUGAUAAAUUUAAAAUAUAUAGGAAUUGGUGUAUUUUGUCACUCCCCUCCCUUUGUCUCUCUCUCUCUCUUCCCAUUCCCACUCGCCUUCUUUCUAUCUCUCUUCAGUGUCAGUGUGUCGACUGAAUCAAAAUGAGAAUUUUAAAAAAAAGUAUAUUCGGGGGUAUGUUGUAUUAGUACAAACGGAUUAUUACUUAUAACCACUCUGUUUAUUUUUCCUUAUUUUAUAUACACAAUGUAUGUACUGUUCGAAAAGAUUGAUUUGUGUAAUUAAUAAUUAACCUCAUAACCACUGUAUUCCUUCUUGUUGUUAAUAUUACCCCGUUGUUUCUACUCAUGGUACUCACUGGUAUUGAUUGGUCACCGUAUGCCUCUUCUCAAUAUUCCGAUGAGUUAACUGUUCUCUAGGGUGGUAUAUAUCCUGUCUUGUUUUUUUCUACGGUUAUGAUUGUUCAUUGAAUAGUUGAAUAAGUUUUGUCACUGUGCUGUAGACUGUACCACUGUUGUGUGUGUAUACUGAGUGGUGCGUUGUACUACUACUGUCUUUUCUUCUUUUCUCUCUGUCUCUCCAGGAAAUUGUAUUAUUCUAAGGAGAUGAGAGUUUCCCCUUUCGAAAUUGUUUGAUAGUCUCACUUUCUUUGUUUGAAAUGAAGGGAUGGAUAAU